AUGGAACUUCGUGUCGGAAGUAAGUUUCGUCUUGGUCAGAAAAUAGGGAGCGGCUCGUUCGGAGAGAUAUACCUCGGAACUGAUGUACAGACUAACGAAGAGGUCGCUAUAAAGCUUGAAUCUACCAAGACUGCGUAUCCUCAACUGUCUUAUGAGUCGAGGAUAUACAGGAUUCUCCAAGGAGGAAUCGGGAUUCCAAACACGAAGUGGUUUGGUGUCGAAGGAGACCAGUACAACGUUUUGGUGAUGGACUUGCUCGGUCCAAGCCUUGAAACUCUGUUUAGUAGUUACUGCAACAAGAGAUUCACACUGAAGACAGUUCUCAUGCUCGCUGAUCAGAUGAUAAACCGUCUCGAGUUUCUCCAUUCUAAGUCGUAUGUCCAUCGUGAUAUAAAGCCUGAUAAUUUUCUCAUGGGUUUGGGAAGAACAGAUCGGGUUUACAUGAUAGACUUUGGUUUGGCUAAGAGAUAUAGAGACAGCUCAACACACAGACAUAUCCCAUACAGGGACAAUAAAAGUCUGGUUGGGACUCCGAGUUAUGUAAGCUUGAACACUCACAUAGGGAUCGAGCAGAGUCGGAGAGAUGAUAUGGAAUCGCUUGGUUAUGUCCUCAUGUACUUCCUCAAGGGAAGUCUGCCAUGGCAGCUUGGACUCAGAGCAGCUCGGAACAAGAAGGAGAAACACGAUAUGAUUUAG